CAGGAUUCGGGCAGAAGCAGACUGAUCAUGAGCACAGAGACUCAUGUGAAGGACAUUAAACCUGGACUCAAGAAUCUCAAUGUCAUCUUCAUCGUGCUGGAAACAGGACGAGUGACGAAGACCAAAGACGGUCAUGAGGUGCGCACAUGUAAAGUGGCUGACAAGACGGGCAGCAUCAGUGUAUCGGUUUGGGAUGAAGUCGGUGGCCUCAUCCAGGCUGGUGACAUCAUCAGACUUACCAAAGGUUAUGCCUCAGUUUUUAAAGGCUGUCUGACGCUGUACACUGGAAGAGGUGGAGAACUACAGAAGAUCGGAGAAUUCUGCAUGGUGUAUUCAGAGGUGCCAAACUUUAGUGAGCCAAAUCCAGAAUAUUUGGCCCAGAUUAAUAAAACGGGACUGAAUGACCAGAGCAACACGAACAGCAGCACUGGUGCACCUGCAGGGAAUGACACUCCCAAUGGAAAUGGGCUGAAUUCUCAAGGCUCUGGCAACUCUACUAAUCCACAGCCGGGUGGACGAGCAAGUAGUGGAAAUGGAAACAGGUCGACACCGAGUCCAGGUGUGGGAGGAAGCUCCGUAAGCAAUGGCAAGGAGACACGGCGAACGGUCAAAAGAUGAUUUUGUUCAAUCAUGAAUCAGUUUACAGUAAUAAUUUCAAAAUGGAUGUCAGCAGCUAUUUGUCAUGUCUCAUAUGAAGACAUGUAUUGCUAAACUUUGAGAUUAAUGCUUUCAUAUGUAUAUUUGUUUAACUGUAUGGACUGUCCGGUCUUGUAAAAUCACAUGUGUUUUGAGGUAUAGAUCAAUUCCUGUUUUUUCUUGUUUUAUGCUCUCCAGAAUGAACACACUAAGCUAUUGUAGUUUCUAGUUGUUAGUCGACUUUUGAUGAUCAGUUUCAACAUUAAUAUUCAGUCAUUGUUAAAAUGCCAGGUUUGUCAUCUAAAGUAAGUCUUGGCAGGUAAAUGAAACCAACAAGAGGUUCACCAACAAGCAGAUGAGAAAAAUCUGUUAUAGUGCCCUCUAAGAACAGAAUCUGAUCACAUUCGAUAUGUUCUCCCAAGACCCCCAGAAGUUUUGAGCUUAACUUGAACUUGAAUAUUUCAUGUCUGUAAGUUGGUCAUUAUGGGACAAGGCUGACAAAUUUCUGUGAAAAUUAGAAAAGCGUCCUGUGAUGAGUUUGAAAAGUAGGUGUUAUGGAAACAUUUUCCCAGCCAGAAAUUGAAAAAACUAUGUCAUCAGUGAUCACAAUUUGAUAAGAGAGCUUUUUGGAUUCCUAAAAAAUCUGAUGUUCCACAUGAGACACUCCAAAACUGUUUACAGUAAAUACCAUUGUAACUGUUGUCCAUCACAGAGGGCUUUUGAAACAGAAAAGACAAAUAAAAAGAAGCUGUGAGAACAUUUAUUCCCAAAACACUGAAAACAUGCAACCAUUAAACCUUUUUUUUAUUUGCAGAUUAUCUUUUGCCAGAAAAUUUGGAUAAAAAUAAAAAAGAAUGGAAAAAAAACCU